AUGCUUCAAUCAAGCGGCUCAUUUUGUAGCUUCCGCCGCCUGUUUGUUGUAUUCUUUGCAACCAUCUUCCUAUGGAUACUCUACCAUCAAUGCGUCACAUUUCACCUCUUCGGUUCCUCAGCACCAAGCAUCAAUGCAGUAAUAGCAGCUACAACGACAGGAAACUACGAAUGGGCAUACCGUCUCAAAAUCCCCAAGUUAGUCGUCAUCCCAUACAUUGCAAACGACCCGUCCGCCCAGUAUCAUCCACCCUCCAAUAAAGGGAACGAAGCAAUGAUUUACCUCUCCUACAUAACAGCAUUUUACGACAACCUUCCCGAUAUUAGCAUUUUUGCUCACGACAGCGAAAACGCCUGGCACAACGAUAUCAUCUUUGGCCAAAACUUAACCGACACCAUACACAGCCUUGAUUUGGAGGAGGUCGAAAGACGCGGCUACGUAAAUCUAAAAGUCGAUUGGCAAGGUGGAUGUCCCCAAUGGAUCAACAGUUCUAUAACCAUAGAUUCGCCCAAUUAUUCAGAGCUCAGAUCAGAAGAAAUCUAUGUCCGAGAAAUGUUCCAGAAUAUGUUCCCUGGACAUGAUGUUCCCGAGAUCUUUGGUGGACCAUGUUGUUCUCAGUUUGCCGCCACCCGAGCAGCGAUUCAGAAAUUACCGAAACAGUGGUAUCAGGACCGGAUCGAUUGGAUUCUUAACACGGAUUUACCCGACUAUAUUUCGGGCAGAUUGUUUGAGAGAAUGUGGGCGUACAUGUGGAUUGGGACUGCGAAUGACUGUCCGAUUGAGUACAAGGCUCUAUGUAGGGUGUUCCAUAUCUGCUUCAACGACCAAGAGGAAUUGGAUGAGUGGAAUGGGGCAGCGUAUCUGAGUGAGAAAGGGACAAGAGAUGCUUGGGCUGACAGAGUGACGAACAACCAUAUUGAUGAUCGGACUGAGCAUGCGGUUGGGGAGAUGGGGCCCUGGCUGAAGAGGGGGAAGGAUGAAGCUGUGAAGAGAGGACGGUCGAAAUACUAUCGUUGGAAAAUUGCGGGGGAUCUGUGA